UCCCCCCCCAGCCGAAGCCGACCGGACAACAGCUGCUUCCUGACUGAAGGAAGCGCUGGGGCUCGGGGCCUCCGUCGAGGACCUGCUGCUUUCGAAGCAGACAAGGCGAGGGAUGCCACUGCUUUCAUAGCAGAGCGCCCGCGGCGGGUACCCUCGGCCUGACUUACCACGUCCGUCAGCAAAACGCUAGGAAGAAGCGAUCCCGGCAGCGGCAUGCUCCUCCUCCUCCCCGAUCGAGGCUCCUCCCCCCACCCGCGGACACGUCACUCUUCCGCUCUUCUCGCCCUCCCUUUGCACAACAAAGCGAGCGACGCGACAACGGGAUCGCCCCGCUUUUCCGCCUCUGUCGUUUGAAACCGCCGAACUUCAUUUCCCGACUUACUCCUCUCUCCAGGCGCCGCUGCGAGUCUGUGACGUGAUGACAUCAUCGGAGGAGGGCGGAGCGAGGCGCCCCUGGAAACCAUGGCAACUGUGUAUCAACAAAGAGUUUUCAAGGGCGGGAGAAACUAAGCGCUGCAAUAAUCAUGGAGUGCUGGGGAGAGAGAAGCGAAAGAGGGGGUCUUUCCUGUUGAGCCAACCUAGCCUGUCUUGCCUGUGAGAGAGAGAGAGAGAGAGAGAGGGGGGGGGGGGGGGGGGGAGCGAGCGGGUGUGUUAUUUAUCUGAGACUCGGAGGGGAGCGAUCGAGGAGGCUUUUGCAAGGUGGCGCCCUCAAGUUCUGGCUGCAGACUUCCCCAUCUUAAGCCAGUCUGAGUUGAUCCAUGGGUGACUGGCAGCCAAAAGGUUAAAGCAAAGAGCGGGCAGUCCGAAAUGUCCAAUUGACUCCCUAUAUAUCCCGUGCAAGCCCUCGCUUCCAGGCGUCAUCUCCGUGUUCAGCGUGUACAUCUGAUACGACUGACGUAGGGAUUCCAACGUUGGGUUCGUGUAUUCAUUUCAUAAAAUUGCAACGGUUUGGGAGGAAGGGCACAUCAGACUUUAAACAUUUUCUAGAGUAAAAGUUAUCAUACAGAAGUAAACAUGCCUUCUGAAAUGGGAAAAACAGACAUGGAGAGGAUUGGCCUCUUUAGCGAAAUGGAAUAUAUUAGUAUUGGAGAUAAAUACGUCUCGCCAUUUAACCGCCCUUUUAAUGAAGCUGCAAGCAAGAAUAAACAAAUGCUACCAGGAGGCAUUAAAGAGAAAGGAGCCACCCAAGCAGGAUAUUUUGAUCCUCAGUUUUCAAGAGUUUUUGAAGGGGAAAGUUAUUCAAAUCCUGUUCAGUUAAGGAGAAGAUACCGAUUGGCUGAGGCAAAAAAAAACCUAGGAGCCAGACCCUUUCUUCCCAGUAAUGGAGAUAAAUUUCCGUGUGGCAUAGGAACCUACUACGGAACAAUUGGUGGCCCAUGUCCCUUCUUCAGUGCACAAUUGAAAGAUAAGAUUGCAUAUGUACAACCAGGGAAAAAUCUCUAUACCAGUCCAGGGAAGAAAGGAACUGGCUAUGGGUAUCCAAAUCUCACCAUAGGUAAACCAUACACACAUUCAGUUGAAUUGUAUGACAUAGGAAGAAUAAAUUUUAAGAAACUAUCUGAAGAACAUCGCAGUUUGAUGAAAGGUGGACCAUUCAAGCUAAAUCUUUAUCCCCGAGAAUAUUUCGAUACAAAUCCUUACCAUGAUGAAGGGCCGGUUCCUCCACCAAAAAGGCAACCUGAAAAAGUACCCAUUCCACAUCCUUUCAAGCCAAGUUCUCCAGCAAAAAAGCCAGGAGGCAUGAAAGCAGGCACAUUUGAUCCAUUUCCAACUCAUGCUACAGAUCCAUAUGGUGUUAGAAUGCCUAGGGCUUCCACAACUAAUAAACAAGGACAAGUAUUUCACCCCAAUCCUGGUUCUAAGAGCAGACCAGUAAGAAGUAUUAUGGCCUUAAACAUUGAAAAGUCAUUAAAUGUAACUAAUUACACAAAUCCCCGUGUGAUGUCAUAUUAGCUGCACAAAAGCAAAGUGAAAGAAUGAACUUUCUGGACUGCAAACAGUAACAGCUCAAGUAAAUAAAAGUUUUGUGGCUGAGGGAAAUGUGUCAGAUAUAGCUAUCUGCCUUCGUUUUAUAAGAACUAAUUGAUAGUAUAGUUAUUGAUGAUAUAUAUAAAAUGAAAUUUAAAUUUUGAUAUGUUAUGCUAUCGGAUAGUAUUUUUUCUGGUGAGGUUUUUUUUAGCCAUGAAAAGAACAAAUACUAUUAUUUAUAAUUGUCCUGUGUCUUUUUUUAUCUGAACAUAGUCAUUAAAUAAUUGCUCUAUUAAAACAAACUUCUCUGAAUUGUAAUUGCUCUCAGAUGAAAACGACUAGUAACCUGGGCAACUCUACAUUGAAAUAAAUAUUUUUCAGUCAUUUAAAAUGAAAGCUGAGAAUUUUAUUUCUUAGUAUCACUGUCUGGAAUGAGACUUGCUAGCCUCCUUUUCCAAUUUAGAGCUUUUAAAGCCUUACAGUGGGUGAAAAGUCCCAAGUUUUCUUUUUGCUGACUCCCAAUAGUGUGCAAUAAAAGUCAUCCAGUGAGUUAUUGAAUCCUAGUUUGUGAUGGAAAUGAAAAAACUAAAAAAAUCAAUUUUAGUCAUCAUGUAUGUAUUUUAUCUCUAGAUAACAAAUAAGAGUUAUCUGUCUGCAAAUACCAGUCCUGGGAAGUAUAAAGGAGAGAAUGCUCCCUUUCUUUCAUACUAAUGAGCAUUUUGCUGACUACUGAUUGCUAUAAGAAAUAGGAUGCUAGAUUGCUGAAGUGUUUCUGAUCCAACAGAAGUUUUUCUAUGUUAAAGCUAAAGCCUGUGCUCAUGUGGAAGUAAACUCAUUAAAAUCACUGUAGGUUCUUUCUAAAUAGACAUAUAUACACAUGUGUUGAAUGAUUAUCUAUGACUGUCACAUUCUUAUUCCAAUCCAGGGACAAGAUAUACAAGCUUUGAAGAGUGCAAUGAAAUUUGAGCUUCAGCUGGACUUUAGUAGGAUUCUCUUAAGCAUUGUACAGAAUUAUUGAUGAAGUGCUUAUAAUUAUUUUAAAUAUUUUUGACUGAAAUACUGCUAGUGGUUUAUAUAUUGUAUUGAUACAAGAAUUUAGCUGGUAUCCAUUAGCAUAAAUAUAACAUUCUCCCUGUGGGGAAAAAAUCUCUUCUGAAAUAAUGAUCUAAAAUAUACCUGUCUUUUUGUAAUUAAUACAUAGUAGUUUUCAUUGAUUAAAACUCAUAUGAUUAAUUAAGAUG